AUGGAGCGGCCAAGAACACCUCCGGGACAGGACGGGACGACCUCGACCUCCCGCCGGCCGCCGACCCCACCAACGCCCGAGGUGACCCGUCGCAUUGAAGAAAACCGACUGAGGGCCAAAGCGAUCCGCGACCAGCACGAAGCCGCCGCCCGCGCCGCUGGUAAAUCAACCCUUCCGCAUAAGUCCGACUCGGGAUUUGUGGCAACCGACGACAUCCACGUCGUCGGCGCCCGCGACAACAGCAACAGCCGCAAGAGGCCCUUCGGCGCUCUAGCCGCCGACGGCACCGGCCCCACUACUCGCAGCAGCAGUAGCACGGCGGUCCCGGCCACCAACCGCGAUGCGCGCGGUGCGGCGCAGACGACGGCCGCGUCCGCCAAGCCCGGGGAGGAGGCGCCGCUCCGGCCAGCCAAAAAGUUCGCCAAGUACGUCGGGUACAACCUCAGCGCCAUGACGGACACCAAGGGAGGCUUCCUCGCGGUCGAGGACGACCCGCACAACUAUGCGCUCAACUCAGGGUCCCGGGCGCCAGACGAGCCCGAGAAGCCGGCGCACAUGACGGCCGCAGAGUGGGAGCGCAAGCAGCUUCUGCGGAGACUGCAGCGGCAAAAGGCGGGGCCGUACGAGCCGGGCAUGAGCACCCUGACGGGGACCAAGGAGCGCAGAAAGUGUCGCGAUUGCGGGAGCCUCGAGAUCGACUUUGUCUGGGACGAGGUCUUUGGGAUCGGCGUCUGUGGAGGUUGCAAGGAGAAGUACCCAGAGAAAUACAGCCUAUUGACCAAGACGGAAUGCAAGCAGGAUUACCUGCUGACGGACCCGGAGCUGAGGGACGAAGAACUUCUUCCGCAUCUCAACAAACCAAAUCCACACAAAUCACAUUGGCACGACAUGAUGCUCUUUUUGAGGUGUCAGGUUGAAGAGUAUGCGCUGGGCCCCAAAAAGUGGGGUUCGGCAGAGGCGCUUGACGCAGAGUUUGAGAGGCGAGAGAGUGACAAGCGCAGAAGAAAGGAGAGCAAGUUCAAAGAGAAGCUGGCGGACUUGAAGCGAAGGACGCGCACGGAUGCCUACCGUCGCGAAAACACAAAGGCCGGCCUGCGAGAUGCGGGAGGAACAAGGGCGAGACGAUUCGGCGACAAGAUCGGGGACGGGGGAGAGCAUGUGCACGACUGGGGUAGAGCUGUGGAGAACGAGGAGGGCAUGUCAGUAAAGACAUGCUUGGAGUGUGGCAUGGAGGUUGAGGAGCUUGAGCUAUAA